CGGAACACUACAGAUAGCUUAUUUUGUUAAAAGACCCUUGGUAUUAAGAAACAAGAAUCUACUGUAAGAACAGAUUUAGCCAUCAACAAUUUAUGUUUCUAAUGUAAAGCAUUAUUGUGUAGUUACCAAGAGCAGUCUUGUCUGAAAAGCUAUAAAACACCGUUACAUACUAUUAUUAUCUUAGGACAUCAAAACACAAAUAUUCUGAUAUUGGAACAAGCCAUGGACUCUAUCGGGCGGAUAACUGUAAAGGUAAAGCUUCCUGCGAACAUUAAUAGCAAUUAUAGUUUUUAGAUGGAUAUCUCAAUUGUUGUCAUUAACAAACAUGUUAAAAAAACCUAAUUAUAUAAAUGGAAACCAUUUGUGCAUAUUUGAUUUAUCAAUUUAUCCAUAAAUAAUGCACCAUGCAUGAAUGUUAACCAAGAAAAAAAAUUAGAUGAAUACGGGACAGACAAUCCAGAAUGUCAAGUUGUUAUUUUUACUGUCUGGAACCAUUAAAACUAAGUGUCCGGUGAAUAGACAUUUUCUAUGUUUGUUGUAUUUUAAGAAAAAAAACCAAUAUUCCGCUUGGGAUUCCUAUUCAGUCUGAGGAAGCUCUGAGAUGGAAUUGAAGAAUGAAGAACGAGAAUGAAUAGAUAUUAAACAUUAAUAGACGUAUUAGCAAAUUAACAGAGAGUGGUUGAUUUGCGAGACACAGUAUUACCGGUGUUGCAGCAAUAUGGAGACAAACAAGCCUCAUUGAUAUAUUUUUAAGCGAACUUUUAUUUGUUUCCAGUACAAUAAUGUAUAUACAAUUAACAUGUAUAAAUAGAGGUUAUCGUGGGAUAGAAUUGAAAGUCAAUGCCAGAGUUGCGAGUGUAAGGCUUAUGAAGACAUCUUAUCAGUGAUUAGCCUUUAUCGAUACAAAUGAAGCAAAGAAUUGCAUCCUGUACAGUAUAAUAGAGACUUUCCGCACACACCAUUGACGACUUCCUAUAGAUAAAAACUAUAUGUAGCAGCCAACCUAUGUCGAACAGAUAAUACUUUUCAGUGUGUUUAUGAUAAAAUAAUGAAAUGAUUAGCGUUCCAUAAGACCCCGUAAACCUUGAUUGUCAACGUUCUGACUAUCACCAUGUCAAACUGGGUAAUUAAUUACAUAAUUUGGCAAUUAAUCAUUAAGUCCGUUACAACAUGGCAUGGCUUUGGUAAUGAGAAUUUCCAUUGUUGGCCAUACGACGCCAACAGCGACAAUCCAACACCAUUUACAGAAUGCAAAGGUAUAAAAAUAAAAUGGAUUGUGGAGCCACCUUCUGAGAUAAAGGCGGAAGAACAUUUUAACACGACAUAUGAGUUGAUCAUAGAACCAGCAUUUUAUACUUGGGGUAUUGGUUUAGAUUUCUUUACACAGGCAAAUAUUACAGGCAUCAGUGAUGCGGCAUUGGCUGAACAGUGGUGUAAAGAUGUUAUUUGUCCAGCCCCGUCAUUAUCGACCCCUGAGAACUGUUGCGUUCAUCACGUCAACGUACAUUCAUGUCCUCUGGGGGAAACUGACACAGUUCAAAAUGGCCUCUGUGGUCCAUGGAUUCCACCUUCCGGUUCUGUCUUCACGCAUUCAAGCGUUAUGGUUGGCCCUGUGGGUCAAGGCAACUGGACUAGCACUGUUGCUGGGUUGUACGCUGUGGGAGAAACCUCCGUCAUAGCCCAUUUCAAACUGGCUAGAAUGCAUAUUGCUAUUGAAAAGAGAGUAAAUGUUUUACCUCGGACAAUUUGUGGUGAUGGGCGAUGUGAACUAAGUGAGGGCGAAGAGUGUUCAAGUUGUCCUAAAGAUUGUGCUGAAUGCCCUCUAGAAGAUUGGGAAAUCGCCCUUAUUGUUACCUUCAUUAUGAUCAUUCUUAUCAUCUUCCUGGUCAUAAUAAUAUAUUUUAGAUAUCAGAAAAGAAAGUUAUUUUGGGAUGAGAGCUGGAUCAUACCACAUGAAGAUAUUAAAGAAGACAACGGUUUGAGAGGUGCGUUUGGCAGCAUGUUAAGUAUCAUUUCCGGUGGAAGCAAACAAAGUGGUAGUGUAAGCUCCAUGGCAACGUCAGCCGUCAGAAGGCAGGUCUUCGCAACUACAGCGUUCUAUGAUGGUAGAACAGUCGCGGUAAAACGAAUUAAAAACUCAGAAUUCGUUUUAACCAAAGUGAUUCGAACUGAAGUUAAAACUGUACGUGAAAUGGAUCAUCCUAAUCUGUGUAAGUUUAUAGGUGGUUGUAUCAAAGUACCAAAUGUGUGUAUUGUCAGUGAAUAUUGUCCUAAAGGGAGUCUUAAUGAUGUAUUACUGAACGAUGAUAUACCACUUAGUUGGUCUUUCAGGUUUUCCUUUGCUACAGAUAUAGCUAGAGGAGUUAGCUAUCUACAUAGUCGAUCUUUAUCACACGGAAGACUUACAUCCAGUAAUUGUCUGGUUAGUUAA